GCCACAUGAUAAACUCUGGCAUCAGCUCGCCUUCAUCCGGCAGUCAGGGAGGACACAGCGAGGGUGCGAGGGGGGGGGUCAGAGAGACAGUAGAAAAGAGCAAGCACGAGAGAAGGUGGCGAGAGAGAGAGAGAGAGAGAGAGGAAGGGGUCGUUGAGGGAGGUUGAUGAGGCAGAUAGACGAGCAAGCAAAAGAGAGGAGAAGCUGUCAUCUGCACACCGCUUUCUUUCUUUCCCCGCAGCUCAGCCCCCGUCUGUCAACUGCCUGGCGGGGAUGACGGGUGGCUCGUUUUCUGGCGGCGCGGUUAUCUGAGCGAGGCUGGCGGCGGCGUUGACAGAAUCAGGGGCGGCAUCUUCGGCCACUUUCCUCAGCGGAGCAGCCUCAGCCUCCUCGGCCGUUCCCCCCCCCCCCUUCCUCGUCUGACGAGUCGGAGAGCUGAAAGACCCCCGCUGAUAGAGGCUUCUCUCUGUCAAGGCGGUGCCAUGUGCGAUUGGCCAGCACACCCCGUGGCAGCGUCAUCGCCCCGGAUUCGUGGAGAAGUGCUUCCUGCGCUCCAUCGGGGAUCUUUUACGGGAUUUAUCUCAUCUCGCUGGAUGGCGGCGGGGAGCUCUCUACCUCUCUGAGAGAAGAGUCCGCAGAGAAAAAGCCACGGAUAAGAAGUAAAAUAAUUAUCCAAUCACGGCAUAGGGAGGCAGACCGGGUUCCCUUAGCAACAACUGAAGGAGAAGUCGUUUUCUCUUUCUGCUUGCUUUUUUUUGUGUGUGUGUGUUUUGUUUUGUUUUUUUGGAGGGGGGGGGGGCACACCCAUAUGGACUGCUGUGGGUCAAGAUCGCUGUGACUCGCUGCGACCCCGAUCCCAGGAAGAGUUUCUGCUUCUCAACUGUAACUGUGUCUGAUCCGCGCCGUGAUUUCUACCACGAGUCACGUUUAGCUCAGAAAUCCAAUUCAUCCUGAUCCCAUGCCACCUGGAAUAAAUCCUUUCUUCAAGGUGGGCCAGGAUUCCUUAGGAGAAAACCUCCACCACCUGUCUGCCUAUGGACUAGAUGGACAGCAUCACUAAGUUGUCGCGGAUCUCUGAUUUUGGAUGUCCUUUGGAAUACCUGUUUUUUCCCCAAGAAAACUAUUUAGAAGAGAAUAAUCGGGGGUGCUGUAUCACACUUUUCUAAGGUAGAAUGAGGGCUCCAGCUGAAGCCUAAGUAUAGAAAUAUGUUCUAAAUAGCCUCUCCUCUAAAACAGUUGAGUUGUACACUCUGACACAUGAGAUGAGUUGGCUCAGCACGAUUAUGUAAGAUUUUCAUUCCGGCCUCGGCACAUGUUUUUUUUUUUUUUUUUUUUUGGUGCCUCUUUCUUUUUUUUUUCCCCAUGGAUUUACCGCGCUUGAUUUCGCCCACGCUCGCUUUCUUCCCGUUUCCGGACGAAUGUCGUGGAUGUCAGCCAGUGGCCCUGUGGCGAGGAAAGGCGUUUUGGUCGUCCGGGUGCUUUUAAGAUGUUGAGGUCUCCCUGCGUGGCCGGGGCCCCUGUUCGGAUCAGUAGCACUGAGGCUCCUCGUAGCCAAAGACAUGGACCCCGACUCGGCUCCCCCACGCCCUCAGCCCGUUGGCCACUGGCCCCACGUCCCCCUGUGAAGGAUGUCCCUCAGCAGAGCUCCGGCCCGGGACACCUCUGAGACCCCCAGCCCGAGAGAACGCAUCCGCAGCCACAUGAAGAUGGUGAUUGACCAGCUGGAAGGAAUCCUCCGAGAGCUCAAGGAUGUGGCCAAGGAACUCCGGGAGGUGGUGGGUCAGAUCGACAAACUGACGUCGGACUUUGACUUCGACCUGGAGCAAGAUGACUGGACGGUGGCGACGGCGAGCAGCACGUCCAGCAGCGAGCGGGGCCUGGGGGAAGCCUUCCGCCUGGACUUCCUCAACGCCGACGUGCUGUCCGACAGCUGGGAGUUCUGCAGCUACCUUGAGGCCGCCGGUGCUUGCGCCCGCGCGCCCGGCGAGCCGCCCCUGGGCUACCCCAGGCCGCACCCGGGCCGCGGGUCCAUACCCACUCAGACGCCCACCCCGCCCCCCAUCGCCACCGCCUCCGUCUACUCCCAGAUGAACGGCGGGCUGCCCAUCCCGAACGGACCUCGCAUCAUCACUCCCGAUUCAUCCAGCGAGGAGGCCAGCAGCUCCACGCACAGCCACAAAACCAGGGAGAGGGUCCGCUUCAGCGACAAAAUUCUCUACCACGCCUUGUGCUGCGACGACGACGACGACGAAGAGGAGCAAGAGGACCUCCAAGACGACAAGAGCGGCUGUGCCACGCCCGACAGCGACAGCGAGCAGAGCCUGGUGGGCGAGCCGGUGGGCCCUAAACGCUCGUCCUCCGAGCACUCGCUCCUCCAUAACUGCCUUGACCCUUCUUAUGUGCCGCUGUCGGCGAGAAGCAUGACGGGAGCGCACACGUUACCCAGGAAAGGCCUGCUGAACCCGGCCUGCCGCAAAAAACUCCUGCGAAACAGCAGCACGCAAACUGUGUCGGAUAAGAGCACCCAAACUGUACUGCCCUAUGUUCCAAACAAACAGAAAGCAAAGGAGCACUGAGCCAGCCCUGAGUUUAUCCUCCAUCUCACCACCAAGGACUGUGCAUUAUUUAAUAUUAAAUACAUAGCUAAUAGAUUAUUACACAAAUAAAUCAAUUACUAAAUAAAUAAAUGAUAUAUGGGAAGAAAAAUCAUGCGCCUUCUUAGUCAUUCCAUGAAGAGGUCGGAGGCAAACAUCUGGAUUUUUUUUUUUUUUUAGGCGUUGGAAGCGCUCGUUUUACCUCAUUCUGCAGCACGAGAAAGUUCGGACAAGAUGGUGUUCCGCUUAAUGUGCCUUUGAAAUGCUUCACGCAUGCGUCGCAGUUUACCUGACACACGAAACGUGACAAAUCUGGGGGUUGCGCCGUCCGUUUUAGCCGCGAGAUGGCAGUAGAUAGUGUUGAGUAUCUUAAAAUGUGUUUUGUGGCAAUGAUUGUGGCGCUUUCCAUCAUUUUCAGCAGACUGCAUUGCAAAAUGAUUACCCCUUCCACCCAGGAAUGGGGGCCAUUUGAAUUCUUUCUGUAUGCGCUUUCUUCCCUCCCGUACCUCGAGUCUCUCAACGUCAAGAUAGGAGUCCAACAACAAGCUGUGUUUUAAGUGAAUUAGAGUGAAUUAUAUUUAUAUAGCGCUUUUCUCGAGUAACUCAAAGCGCUUUACAUUGUGAAACCCAAUAUCUAAGUUACAUUUUUAAACCAGUGUGGGUGGCACUGUGGUGGGUAAAGUGUCUUGCCCAAGGACACAACGGCAGUGACUAGGUUGGCAGAAGCGGGGAUCGAACCUGGAACCCUCAAGUUGCUACCAACCGAGGUAUACCGCCCAACAAAGCAACACUUUACUUUUUUUUAAUAAGUUGACUAUGUAUUAAUACAAAACAAAAGAAACUAAAAUGAACCUAAGCUGCUCACCCUUACAACUUUGUGACCCCAUUUUGUUCUCUAAUAUUACUUAUUUAUUUUUAUCAUUAAACUCCUGAACUAUUGUGCUAAAACAGAGGCAUCACCAUAAUGACCAACAUUAUAAUACAGUACCGUAGCAGGCCUAAGUAUUCAUUAAAAAUAAGGCAGAAGUUGUAUUUUUAAAAAGUAUGUUUAAUAUUUUUGGCCACUGUAACAUUUCACACAGUUUGAACAGCAACACUGUGUUUGAGGAAAAUACAACACUGUACUUUAAUCUAGGGAUUCUUUGGCGUACCACGAGAGGAAGACGCACCACAGUUAAAUAUAACCAUUGACUUACUUUUGGUUAAAAAUAGCUAGUAAGGUUUGUGCAUGAUUAUGACAUCAUUAUUAUAAAUAUGAUUCUAUAUGAUAAUUAUAAUUUUGCAUCAAAAAACUAGUGACGCCUCUGUUUUGAAGUUUAAUCAAGGUUCCUUAAACGCACCACAGUUAUGUGCCAAAAGAUGCAAAACUUAACAGUAAACAUAACUUUGUCCAAUGCUGCUAAAAGAAUAUUUUUUCAUAUUUUCACCUUUUUCUAUCACCUGAUUUUGGUUCCGAAAUAAUCAUGUUGUGUGGGAAUAAAUACAGGUGAGCUUUGAUGACGUUAAAGGAAUUAACCACACGCACGUUCCUAUUUGUGAUACAAACAAGCUUAUUAUUGAACUUUUAUAGCUAAAGUGAUGUUAUCGGAAAUUUUAUGAGGUUGUAUUUUGUAACUGAAGGGUUAAAAGCAGGGGUGUCAAACGUACGGCCCGCCAAAUAGGUUUUAUCCCGCCUGAGGGAUGAGUUUGUUAAGUAUAAAAAUUACCUGAAAUUUUUUAAUGAAAAAAACAGCUGUUCUAAAUGUGUCCACUAGAUGUCACAAUAGCAAUUCUUUGUAUAUUUGUAGAUGAUGCUACAUAUGUACAAAAUAAACCACAUGUUAGUACAUUUGUCGAGGAAAAUUAUGAAACAACUUAAAUAACAUACUGUAAUUGGAUUUUGAUAUUAUUUUUCAUCUUGAUAGAUUGAAAAUGAACACCAAUGAGGUGACUGAUGAACAUUAUCACAUCAUUUAUUCAGAAAAUAUAAAUAAAAGCAAAUACAGAGAGAAUACUAUUAACCGCAACAUGUAAGUGUAAAAAAAACAACAACAUUAUGAUUUGUACAAUUUCAGAAUGUGCAUGUUUUAUUUUUAAACAAAGAAAACAAUCUGAAGUUGUCUUUAUUUUUAAGUUAUCCUGCCGUGAUUUUACCAGUCCGGCCCACUUGGGAGUAGAUUUUUCUCCAUGUGGCCCCCCCCCAUCUAAAAUUAGUUUGACACCUCUGGUUUAAAUGAAAGUUUAAAAAAAAAAUCAUGUCUUUACAAAAUCCCAGGUCAU